AAAUAAUGCUAACUAUGAAAGGAAGUAUUGGCCCUGCCUUAGUGGGAACUCCGGGGUUUAAUAAGGCAAACACUGAAAAACCGCAAUGGAGUCCAGAAGAAGAAAUUCAGAGGAAGAAUGUACUGACUGCAUUGCAAACUAGAGAUGAAGGGCUAGCAAAGCAAAUUACUGUGGAUAAAAGUGCACCAAUUGUUUCAGGAAAGGUCUCCACCCCCCACGGUUGGGUUGAUGUGGAAAAAGUAAGAUUUGCUGCUCCCAACCCAACAAACAAACAAACCAAAAGAUCAGCACAAAAUCAUUCAGAACAGUCCUGUAAAGCAGAAAAGGGUGUGGCGGGUAAACUCGGUCCUCCUGGACUAGCUGCCCUACUAGGUGCACCUCCUGGCGGCAAGGGUCGGGGGAGAGGGUCUCCUGCAGGUUUAGGAGAUCUGUUCGCUGGAGGGUUAAAACCUAAUCCUGGUUUACUUCGAGGAGGGGCAGGGGGAGGAAACAAAUAAGUUCAAAAAAUUAACUCGAGUAUUAUUUUGUUAAAAUAUAAAAAAGUAGAACUUACUAAUUUUAAUGUAAUUUUUCUUAUGAAAGCUAUCUCAUACAUGUAUUUAUUAAUAAGUAUAUUUCUAUAUUUG